CUUUAAAAAGGCGGUGAUUUGAGUUUGAACGGCAUCAGUUCCAUUUCCAACCAACUCCAGACAUGAAGUCUAAUCUUUCUCUGCUCAUUGCUGCCUUGGUUUGCUUCACAGCAAUCCAGGCGGCGCCACACUCCAUCAGAAACCUGAAUAAGCGUCAGACAACAACUCCUGUCAAAUCUGAAGUGAUUGUUGCUUCUGCGCCGGCCAAAAUUGCAACUCCGGCUGUGGUGGCUCCUUCUACGAAAAUUGAAGACAAGGCUGUUGUCGCUACACCUUCGCUAGCCAUCACCGCUGCGCCAACCGUUGUUCCCGCUGUUGUCCUUCCUGCCGUCAUCCAGGUGACUCCCGUUCCAGCUGUCCCAGUUGUUGCUCCAGCAGCGACUCCAGUCGCUGUCGUCGCUGCAGCUGUCCCAUCCGCUGCUCCUGCCGUAGUCUCUACUCCCGUUGAUCCUGAGGCUGAACCAGUGGAGGUGGCUGAAGUCGAACCAGUUGAAGAAGCCGAGCCAGUGGAAGCCGAGCCAGUCGAAGCUGAACCAGUCGAAGCCGAGCCAGUCGAAGCUGAGCCAGUUGAAGCCGAGCCAGUGGAGGUUGCUGAAAACGAAGUCGCCGAGGUGGAACCUGCAACAGGAGCCGCAAGGAGAAAGCGUCAAGCCGCUGCCCCCGCCGUUACUGCCCCAGUUGCUGCUGCCCCAGUUGCUGCUACCCCAGUUGCUGCUGCUGUUGCUCCCGCUGCUGCAGUUCCUGUUGCAGUCCCAGCCGCUGUCUCUACUCCCGUUGAUCCUGAGGCCGAACCAGUGGAAGUAACUGAAGUCGAACCAGUUGAAGAAGUCGAGCCGGUCGAGGCCGAGCCAGUGGAAGCUGAGCCAGUGGAAGCUGAACCAGUGGAAGCUGAGCCAGUGGAAGCAGAGCCGGUGGAAGCGGAAGCAGCUGAAGCCGAACCCGCAGGAGAAGCUGAAGCCAAGGCAAAGGCCGCAAGGAGAAAGCGUCAAGCCGCCACCGCAGCUGUCGCCGCUCCCGUCGUUGCUACCCCAGCAGUUGCUGCUACUCCAGUUGCUGCUGUCGCUCCGGUUGUAGCCGCUGUGAAUCCAUUUGAGCCACCCAAGGACACCUUGGAAGUGACUCAGGCUAAAGCCGCUCAUUUCGCCGCUCACGCUCAAGCCAAAGCCGCUCAAUUGGCCGCAGUUGCUCCGGCUGCUGCUCCAGUUGCCGCUCCUGCCGCCGUUCCAGCCGUUGUGGCCGGGGAGGAAGUCGAACCCGUAGAACAGGAACCCAUCGAAGAAGUCGAACCAGCGGAGGCAGCGGAACAGGCCGAAGUGGAAGCCGCCGAACCAGCAGAGGCAGCAGAGGCAGCCGAAGCUGCUGAAGCUGGAGGUGCUGCAAGAAGAAGACGCGGGGCUUAAUUCUUUUGAGA